AUGCACGGCGCAUGUCGGACUUUGCAGGAUUUGUAUCGCCGACGGGUGUUGCACCAGCCCUUGAGAGACGACCUUCCAGGCAGGGGCUCGGGACGUUGGCCACCUGGCUCCAUGGCACCCGAGGCGCAGCGGCCUCAGCAGGAGAGCUUCUUGGCAUAUGCCAAGCCCACCACUGCAGGCAGUGGCCCAGGCACAGCUGAAGGGAUGACUUUCGUCUUUGAUGUUUUAGGAGUGGCAGGGCUUCUAAAGGGUGAUUGGCAAGAUCUGGCGAAGAAAUACUUCUUUCAACUGCAGAUUAUGGCGCAGAGAUGCAUCCAAGGGCAAGUGGUCAGGGUGCCCAAGGGAUCCCAAGGGAUUGGUGAGUCGUUUGAGUUGGGCAAGUGCACCUUUUUGUGGGUCCACAAAAGGAGAAAACGAAUCGUCUCCUUCGAAGCAUUUGGUGUUGCCAGUCCUGAGCCAGUCCUCAGCGCCAGUAUGGCGGAAACCAUUAAUUUCAGUUUCGCCAAAGGAUGGUUGAGUUCCUCCAGUGUGCCAGUCGCUGCUGUGUGGGCUGGUAGAAUUCAGAAGUCCCAUGCACCGCGCGCUCACAAGCAAGAGGAGCUGCGGCCCAGCAAACGGAUACGUCUUACCGAUGAGCCCUGCAUUGUUGCCAUGCAGCGCAUGCUACGUGGCAAGGAGGGCAUCAUGUCCCUGGCCCAGGGCAUUGUGCACUGGGCACCACCUGCAGCAGCCCUGGAGGCAGCGCGGAAGGCAGCAGAAGAGCCUGAUACCAACUCUUAUGGCGCAGAUGAUGGCUUGCCAAAGUUUCGCGAAGCCUUGAAGGAGAAAUUGAAGAAAGAGAACGGCCUGGAGGGUGUUGAGGUCAUGGUGACGGCUGGAGCUAAUCAAGCCUACACCAAUUUGGUGUGCACCCUAUUGGACGAGAAGGAUUCAGCAGUUCUGUUCAGACCAUUCUACUUCAACCACCGGAUGGCGCUGCAGAUGACAGGCGGCCAUGCCAAUGUGGUCCUGGCGCCGUCGACCAAGGAUUAUCUUCCAGAUGUGGAGUGGCUGGAGAAGAGGCCAUGUCGGCCAUCCAAUGGUGAGAGGAUACGGAUGGUCACAAUCGUGAACCCUGGCAAUCCAACUGGCGUGAUCCUUCCAAAAGACUUGCUUGAACGAUUUUCUGCCGCAUGCCAGCGGCACCAAGUAUGGAUGGUGGUUGACAACACCUAUGAACACUUCACGUAUGAGGAGGAAGGGCACGCUCCCCACUGUUGCGUCAGUGGUGACCACGUGGUGAACGUUUUCUCCUUCAGCAAAGCCUUCGGCAUGAUGGGCUGGAGAAUAGGCACUUGGGCGUUUCCCCCCAGCCUUGGUCCUGAGCUGAUGAAGGUGCAGGAUACCAUUGCCAUUUGCCCAGCCGUGGCUUCGCAGAAAGUGGCCAUGGCUGCGUUGGAAAGUGGACGCCAGUGGGUGAAAGAUCACGUCACAGGGCUGAAAGAGAACCGUCGCCUGGUCGUGGCCGCUGUAGAGGAGACCUUGGGGAAAGGUGCCGUGGCAGGUGGGUCUGGUGCCAUCUAUUUGAUGGUGAAGUUGCCAGCUGGAUUUGAAAAUGUUUCCUGGCUCAAGGAUGUGUGGUGUCCUGCGUGUUUGUUUGGUCAAUCAAGGCCUAAGGUACUGUUCGAGAUUUGA